CGGAGCAAGGCUAAAACGGUGCGUUUCAAUAUGACCGACGGAGAGGGAAAACGGCGUCGUUCUGGAAGAGAGAGGCCUGUUUAGCAAGUAGCGACGGAGGGAGAGUGUGGAGGAUAAGUGAAGAGCAAGAAUGGUGGGCGCUUCGUCACUGCAACCGCGACUUCUCUCUUCCUUUGUAGGAGAUCGGUUUGUUCAGUCACAGAGGCCUCUUCAUCAACUCUUUCGCUGCAAUCCAGGAAACAAGCAUGUUUCUAUGCAAUUAUCAAGAACUUUUUCUGGCUUAACUAAUCUCCUAUUCAAUAGAAGAAAUCUGGAGGGAUUGCCAAACAGCAAGCGUAAACGUCUAAGACCCGGAAAACUUUCUCCUUGUCGACCGGUUCCAGGUCACAUACUGAGGCCUUCUUAUGUAACUUCUAAAAAGCCUCCUGGAAUUGUGAGUGGACCAGAAGUGCAUGAUGAGAAGGGGAUAGAAUGCAUGAGGAAUUCUGGAAGGCUUGCAGCACAGGUCCUUGAAUAUGCUGGGACUUUAGUCAAGCCAGGCAUAAAGACGGAUGAAAUUGACGAAGCAGUUCACCAAAUGAUUAUUGAUAAUGGUGCGUACCCUUCCCCCCUAGGCUAUGGUGGAUUUCCAAAGAGCGUCUGCACAUCAGUGAAUGAAUGCAUUUGCCAUGGAAUACCAGAUUCCCGUCCACUUGAGGAUGGCGAUAUAAUCAAUAUUGAUGUUACCGUUUAUCUAAAUGGUUAUCAUGGUGAUACAUCUGCAACUUUUUUUUGUGGAGAUGUUGAUGAUAAAGCCAGAAAAUUGGUAGAGGUAACCAAAGAAUGCCUAGACAAAGCAAUAUCAAUAUGUGCACCUGGGGUGGAGUUCAAGAAAAUUGGAAAAACCAUACAUGACCAUGCAGAUAAACAUCGUUAUGGUGUUGUGCGAAUGUUUGUUGGGCAUGGAGUUGGACGUGUUUUUCAUGCCGAUCCAGUUAUCCUACACUACAGGAACAAUGAUGGUGGACACAUGGUGUUGAAUCAAACCUUCACUAUUGGUAAUGCAUUUUCUUUCUUGAACUUUACUUCAUUUAAACUAUCAUGCUUAGGAAUAUAUAUUUCUUUUCAUUUAAAUUGUAUGAGCACUUUUUUGAUGAAAAACCUGGCAUGUACAUGUCUCAAAUCCACAGUUGGCCUAGUUGAAGUGAUUUGGUAGCUCAAAUAACUAAGGAAAUGCUAAACAACACAACCUAAUAUGACAAUCAAAAGCCAAAGACAAAAAACGUUUAAUCAAUUUGUUGAGAGCUUAGACAAUUUGUUUUUGUUUCUUUAAUUUUUCUUGACACCCUGCAAAGUCAACUUAGAUUCAUGUUCUGUUUUACCAUAUGUUCAUGAUGACACCACUAAAAAUUAUUCUCGGAUCUGUUCAGAUAUCUUACACGAGAAUAGUAUAAAGUAAGUAUAUUCUCACUUAUAGUUCAAAACCCAACAUCAAAGUUAGUUCAGUUUGUGUGUUAAACUUGAAUCUUGGCAAAGUUGCAGAAAAUUUUUACUCACAAAUUUUAGUCUGUGGAUGGUAUGGGAGUAUCAUGGUUUUCUGUGUUUACUCGGAUCAAUGAUAUUUCCAUUAAAGUGAUUCCUCAAAUGUGCAUAUAUGACAUGCUUCUUUAAGAUGAUAGAAAGCAGCAAUUAUAGUGGUGGAGAAAUAAUUGUUCUUUUAUGAGUGCAUUACCUACAUCCAUGUUAGUUCAUUUUUCAUAGUUGCUGUUUGUUAUGGGCGAAUCAAAAGGAACAAGGAUAGAGGGGAAUAAUGACAAAUUCCUUUUGUUGAUUGGUCGGUUUUCCUUGACCCUUCAUGGAGGAAGGAAUGGUAUUUGUUGAGUGAGAAAUAUUACUCUACCUUCUAGAGCAGGGCUCUUGAGGCCGCUUCUUCUCAAUACUAAAAAGGAAACUGAGUACAUGAAUGUAAUUUUCAUUCCAUAAUACAAGGAAUCAGAGGGAGAAUUGGACUUCUGAACAACGCAUCUAGAGUUCACACAUAUUGGUGACAUCCGCACAAGCACAGCCAUAAUAAGAAUAUCGUAGAAUAUUACUCGAAUUGUUCAGAUUUACAAUUUUCUUGGUAUUGUGAUCUCUAUUCCCUUGAGGGUGUUUGAAGCUAUUCCAUAUAUACAAUCACAGAGGCUCUGUUCUGGGCU